AACCCACAUCCAUAAUAGUUACUAUCCGAACCACGACGUUAUACGCCAAGUUCUCUAUGGUGGGCACGAGCGAGAAACCAGAGAGAAUGAUGUCGGAGAGGAGGGCAUUUUGGGGAAGAAAGUGGAAGAGGUUGGAUGUCGUAAAGGCCUCCAUGUUCUUGUUCGUGCAUUUCCUCUGUCUCUUGGCGCCAUUUCACUUCAACCGCCGAGCUCUUCGGCUAGCUCUCGCGGUCUACACGGUGGGCGGACUCGGAAUCACGGUGUCGUACCAUCGGAACUUGGCUCAUCGAAGCUACAAGCUUCCGAAAUGGCUCGAGUAUUUCUUUGCUUACUGUGGCCUCCUCGCUCUUCAGGGAGAUCCAAUCGAUUGGGUGAGCAUUCACCGGUACCAUCAUCAGUUUACGGAUUCCGACCGCGACCCGCAUAGCCCUAUCGAAGGGUUUUGGUUCAGCCACAUUCUAUGGCUAUUCGACGCUGCUUAUGUUGUACAAAAGUGUGGGAGGCGCAGCAACGUAGAGGACUUGAAGCGGCAGUGGUUCUAUAGGUUUCUUCAGAGAACGGUCAUAUUCCACAUUUUAGGGUUUGGUGUCCUCCUCUAUUCGUGGGGCGGUUUCCCCUUCCUUGCAUGGGGAAUGGGUAUCGGGAUAGUCCUCGAGCAUCACGUGACUUGUCUUAUAAACUCGCUUUGCCAUGUUUGGGGCAAUCGUGCUUGGAAGACCAACGACACUUCUCGUAACGUUUGGUGGUUGUCGGUAUUUUCAUUCGGGGAGAGUUGGCAUAACAAUCACCACGCGUUCGAGUCGUCGGCGAGACAAGGCCUCGAGUGGUGGCAGGUCGACAUCUCUUGGUAUAUCAUCCGAUUUCUCGAGACCGUCGGGUUGGCCACCGACGUGAAAUUGCCCUCGCAAGCUCAGCUACGUCGCAUGGCUUUGGUCCGUUGACGAGGAUGCUUAUAUUUACAAAAGGUCUUCCUAUAUAAUCGACUCUCAUAUAUCUACUUAACUAUAUAUCUACGUUUUCGAAAUCUCGAGACGGUGUUCUAUAUGUAUCAACUAGUUUAAGCUGUUGUCGUGACGACCACUCGAUGGUCUUCUUGCCGUGGUUUAACACAAGAGCGAGCUAAGAACAUUAUUGAGACAAGCAUAUACGUGAUGAAAUUUAGUUCAA